CAUUCCCCGUCCUCCCCUCCACAAGGGGGCGCUGCGCUCCCCGCUCCUCCUCUCUAUGAUCCCCUCACGUCUUUUUCCGCUUCCGGCUCGCUCCUUCUCUUCCGGUCACCAGCGGCAAGAUGGUGAACGUCCCGAAAACCCGCCGGACCUACUGCAAGAAGUGUGGCAAGCACCAGCCGCACAAAGUCACCCAGUACAAGAAGGGCAAGGACUCCCUCUAUGCCCAGGGGAAGAGGCGCUACACGAGGAAGCAGAGCGGCUAUGGAGGCCAGACGAAGCCUAUCUUCCGUAAGAAGGCCAAGACCACAAAGAAGAUUGUGCUGAGGCUGGAGUGUGUGGAGCCCAACUGCAGGUCCAAGAGGAUGCUGGCCAUUAAGAGAUGCAAGCACUUUGAACUGGGAGGAGACAAGAAGAGAAAGGUAUGUGUGUGUGUACCAAGACUGGCUGGUGAUGGAAGCAUCAUCUGCAUGUGGCCUUGGGGGGAAGGGGGAAAUACUGCCAGCAUCACAGGCUGAGCCCUCCCUAAGUGCUGAGUGAGGCUCUGUAUCAAGGGGAGGAUUAUCAGCAGCAUGCAACAGCCUGCCUGGAGUGGCAGCAGAAGGGACAGACAGACAGCAGGCUAUGUGCUACCAUUGGGAGAGGGCAAGAUUCAGGGGUGAAUAAACUCACACUCAUCUCUUCCUUCUUAUAGGGCCAGGUGAUACAGUUCUAAGCUGCAUCCUACUCAUUUUUGGACCAUAUUAAAGUGUUUGGAAGUGA